AUGAGUCGUGUCCGUACGAAGACCGUCAAAAAGGCCUCCAAGGUCAUGAUCGAGAAAUACUACACUCGUAUGACGUUGGACUUCCAUCAGAACAAGAGGAUAUGCGAUGAAGUCGCCAUUAUCGGCAGCAAAGCCCUCCGUAACCGAAUUGCUGGGUAAGUUUUUUUUUUCGAAUUUUUUCCAAUCACGAAGGAGAGCCUUUCAAAAAGAGUUUUUUUUUUCUGAAUUAUUUUAUAGUGAUGAAAUCAAACAUAAAAAUUUCCUUGAAAAAUCGUUGAAUGAUCUAUAAAUCAACUCCUCUUAUCGAGAUACCUUCAAAUAAAUGCAAUAGAGGUUCGCUCAAAAGUGCGACACAAAAACUUUUUUUUUUAAUUGUCGAUAACUUUUUUUAAUUUGCCGACCUCAGGGAGUGUCACAUAUGGCGCGCUCUUUCGACGCAUAGAAUUUUCAAUAAGCUUCGUUUUUUAUGCCAACUUCUGAGUAAUUUUGGCGAUGUCAAAAUAGACAAUUUCUUCGUUUUGAAUGUUUUCUCUGAGUUUAAAAAGUUUCCGUAAUCGUGAAAAAAGGUUUCACAACGAAACGUUUUUUACGCGCUGAACUCCAUAAUUUGGAGCUGCUUCGGCUUUUUUCUACGGAAAACUGGAAUUCGCGCGUAGAAGUCGUCAUCUGGUUGUAGAGUCAAAUUUUGAUGAAAACUCAAAAUCCCCAUAUUACGAUUUUUAGAACGAAAUCACGUCAUUUUUUUGGAAUAGCCGAAAACACUUCGAACUAAAAAAAUCAGCCAAAUUUCUAAAAAAACAUCAAAGAAAAAAAAAUUUUUUUGAGUGUACUGAGACUAUUUCUCGUUGAUAGUAGACACUUCAGUGAGUUUAAAAAAAUUCGAAGCGAAAUAAUUUUUUAAAUUCUUUUUUUGUUUCUAUUCUUUCUUUUUCUAAUUAGAGGUUUUAUGGCAUAAAAACUGUCUUUUCCAUUUCAGAAUGAAUAAACGAAUGAUGAUUAUCGUUUUCCUCAAAUUUCUAUCAAUCUUAUCUUGGUUUGUUUUCACUCACUUUAGGAAAUAAUUAUCAAGUUGAGCUCUUCAAAUAUUACUGCUAUGUUCUAUAUGGGUGCAGAAUUCUUAUACUAAAUUGAAAAAAAAAAAUGAAUUUCGAAAUAAGGCCAUUUUGGUAUUUUUCUAUGCUUUUUUUUGACACCUAAGAGAGCGAGUUUUUGGAUGACACUAGAUUUCGUUGUAAUGAUUAUCUGCUAGCUUGAGCCAAUAUAGUUCAUUCAUCGCUCUUUAAGCAGUUUAAUAUUAAUAAAUUCUACAAAAUGGAGUUAAAAAAAGUUGGUAAAGUGUUUAAAUUGAAUUAAUUGUUUUUUUACAAAACGAGCUUUUUUUAUAUAUUUUUGUAAAGUAUGUGUGUGAGCUAAACAUUGCAGUUAUGGUACAAAUUCCUUUUAAUGGGUAGUUCUAGGUGUGGGUACUCGAAAAGAGAAAUAUUUAUCUGCUAAGUGCCAUAGCGUAAUGAAAAAUGGCCCAGCAAAAAAGUACGGGAAAAUCUCAAAGACUAAUUUUUUCAAUUUUUGGAUUUCUGAAAAUACUGAUUUAAAACUAUAUCGUAAGAAACACGAGAAAAGAACUUUUUUUUUCCCAAAUCCCAAAGAUACUCAGUUUUUAAACUUUUUCUGUUCAUUUUACUUUUUUUUUAAAUCUUAUUACUUUAUGGCGCUUAGCAGAUAAUUCUGUUUAUUUUCGAUUACUCAUACCUAGGUCUAGGACUACCUAUUAAAAAGUUUCGAUCAGAUUUGCGAUAAUCACCUAACACACUUCCAUCGUUAGAUUUGAAAUUAUAAAAAAAGUGAAUUUCAAAAAAAAGAAUGAUUUAAAGUGUUUUUUUUUUCAAUGUGAAUCAAAAUUUUUUUCAGCUACAUUACGCAUUUGAUGAAGAGAAUCGAGCGAGGUCCAGUUAGAGGAAUCUCGAUCAAGUUGCAAGAGGAAGAACGCGAACGACGAGAUAACUACAUGCCCGAAGUUUCUGCUGUCGACCCUUCAGAGCUUCUGUCGAUCAAGGUUGAUUUGACCACCAAGGACAUGUUGGAGAAGCUUGUAAGUGAUUCUGGUCGAUUUCAAAUUGAAAUGUUGAUUUUUAGGGCUACAACCUGCCUAAUCUCUCCGUCGACGACCCGAAGUCCUCCAAGGGAAAAUAAAAUAUCCCUAUGUAUGUCUUUGCAAUUUUUCAAAAGCCUUUGUCUUCGCGAAGGUAUCUGUUUUUGUUGAAAUGAAUUAUUUUUUAAAUGGUGAAAAUGUAUGUGCAUCAUUCAAAAAGAGAAAACGCUUUUACAGAGUGAAAGACCUGUUCUCACCAUAUGAGUGAAAAAAAAAAACUAGGAAACUAUAUAAAAAGAUUUUUUGCUAGUUUUAGAAAAGUACGAAUUACGUAGGACUCGAUAAAAAGGUUUUUUGGACCCUUCCAAGAAAAUUUUUUUAUUUCGAGAAGGGGUAAUUUUCGUAGCAUUUUGAGAUUUUCAUUAGUUUGGCUUGAUGUUUCGAGACGGAUAACAGCAUUAGUCACUAUCUGCGCAAAUUUUUUUUUUUCAAUUUUGUGUUUUCGUUCAAAAAAAAAUGAAGUUGACCCCGAGAUUUUAUUCAACUCAAUACAUCUUUUCCGAAUAUAUCAACAAGUUUUUUUUUCCGUUCCGCAAUAAAUGAUUAAUGUCGAGGUUUUUAAAAUAAAUUCUUUAUUUUCACUUUCGUCCAUAGGUGUUUUGUUUAAAAUGAAUAAUUUAUGAUAUGUCGAGAGACUGGCUAUCUUAAAAACCAACGUCAGCUGCUCGUGGAGCCUCUCUUUGCGAAGGUCCGCCUUUCCACGUGCUGGCGUGCCGCAGUGCGCCACGGAUGGACGAAUGGCGUUUGUUCCGCUCCUUUCCUUGCUAGUAGCUCCACUGUCAUUUGAUCUACAAAUCGGCGAACUCGAUGGCUCUUCACCGCUCAUUCUGACCUCACCUUCUCGAAAUAUCACGCUCUCACUCCAUUCGGGGUCCCUGUUUGCUGAUUCGAUUCCUGUUUCGCCUUUGACCGCCAACGAGACGACAACGUUCAGCAUUAGGUUGGAAAUUUUUCAAAAAUUCGAUGACUUGAUUAUGUGAUGGCAUCUUUGAGUAGUAGUGAAUCAAGUUGAACUUCACUUUUUUUUUCUUGUAAUUUUUUUGUUAUCACAAAAAGCUCGGCUGCUUCAGAUGUAUCUCGCAGAUCUCGUUGCACUUUGCUUCUCCACAUGCCAACUCGCUGGUCUAUUCACCGACCAUUUGCUCGUCUUCUCAAACAGGUUUUUACACCGUCUUCUUUCUCAUAGUCCUGAAUAUCAAAGAUUUCUGGUUUUUGGCGGGUUUUUAGUCCCCAUGAAGCUUUUAUCUCACAAGCUCUACCUGAUCUCUCCGGCAGAGGCGAUAAUUCAUUGUUAUUAUGUCGGUUGUUGUGUGUGUAUGUGUAUGCCCAUGUGUAAACUCCUAAAAAAAAAACGCGCGGCUGUCCAGUACGGAUCGAAUCAGGCAGCCUCCUUGGCUUCUGGCGUGCCACAAAAAAUGAACGUGUCAUGUCAUAACUCGCUGGCACGUUUUGAAUUGCUUCUGAUGACUUCUUUUUGACUUGUGAUGCGGCCUAGGCGUCGGAAAUCCCAGUGGGGCUUUUUUGAGCUGGCUUCCGAAUUGGUAUUUGUUCUUCUUUCGACAGCUGUCCAACUUCGGUUUACGUUGACGAAUUUGAAUAAAGCAUGGAAGCACUACUAGGUUGGAGGGCACCUUAACCGUCGAUUUUAAGUUUUCUCUGAUUUUGUAGUUUUUUUUUCUUUUUGCAUUUUUUAUAGACAUUUCUAAGCUUUCAAAGGAGUACAGGCGAAAGUUCAGAAGGUCGCUGAUUUUCGCAUCUCUAGAAAACUAACGCGAUUUUGUGAAUUGGCCUCUGGUCAUGAAUUUUUUUUAGUUGUAUUUAAAACUCUAAUAAGGGAGGUCAAUUUACUAUGCGGUUGAGAUUUUCCUGAAGAUUGGCCGGAACGCUCCUUGAUGUACCAGAAGCAUAUUCUGAAUGUUUCAACAUGCAAAACUUUCUCGUUUUUGAGAAAAGACGCCUCAAUGUCAAAUAAAACUCUUAAACUCUCAAAACCCAUAAAAAUAGGCUAUGUUGUUUUCGAAAACUAGGAAGUUUUGCAGGUUGAGUCUUUCAGGAUCCUAAUCUGGUACAUCAAGAAGUGUUCUGGCCAUUCAGGAAGUUCCCAACUGCAUAGUAAAAUGAUCUCCCCUGUGAAGCCUUUUCUCUGCAUUUUUUUCCCAUUCAGUCUGAAUUUUCAUUGUACACCUAUUGAGAAAUUCCGCCGCAACUAAAUAAUACAAAAACAUUAUUUCGAAAAUAAGCCUCUUUCAGGUCUCUAUAUAGACGAAAGUUCACUGAAGGGCUGCAUUUUCGACGUUUCACAGUCGUCAAAGAGACUCCUUCAAAGAAGUUGCGGGUGAGCUUUAACGAGCUUUCAUCUGGCGCCCCCCAAUUCGAUAGUUAUGACUGACCGCCAAAUGUUGGAAGACCUGUUACAACGGCGUUCGUUAGCCGGCCGUUUGUCCGCCGAUUUAUCUCUCUCGAUCAGAUCCGCACACUUCACAAUUCAUCCGAGUUGCACCUGUUUAGACACACCACCGCGGCAACUCCCCGGAUCCAUGCCGACAAAGGACCCAUUUAUGUCGCCGAGCCACUCGAGGUUUUUCCAAGUUUGAAGGCUUGAAAUUUUGAGCAUUGUAAAACUGGAAGAGUAUCGAAGAAGAAAGGAAACCAGACAUCACAAAACGCAAAGAAUCAUAAGCAGCAUUCAUCAUGAACCCCCCGGAUUUUUCCUCGGAAAAGCAGAAGUUUUGCUUUUCAAAUUGACCCAAAACCGAGCAAGUACAGAACUCAUUAAGCUUGGGAGGAGGGGUUGGCUUACGAAAAGAAUCAAGAGUCAACCUAAGUUUUGGCCACAAUAACACAAGCUUUAGCUUCAGGGGUUCUAUUAACUUGAAUUCAUAAAAGAGGAGAGGCCAACAGCCUCUGAAAAUGGUCUGUCUAAAACACGGUGCAAAAACCAUCCAAUCCCAGAUUUUACAUAAUUACACAUUCAUUCAGUCGUAAGAGAAGAUUCUCUGCUGAAUCAUGGGAUAAUAGAAGAGUUGUUUGACGGCUCACGAAACUGUCGUUGAUCAAGGACUGCUCGUAGAGCAUCUCGCCUUUCUUGUGUAGGAAUGAGAUAAUUUUGAUUUUCCCAGAUUUUGAGUUGGCGUAAUUAUCUUUUUGCGAAUAAAGCUCCUCCCAAAAUUGUAAAUUUUGAAAUUUUGAUAUUUGACCAUUUCAAAUAUAUAACUGGAUGCGCCCAAACUACAACUCGAUAAAACCCUAUAGGGACCCCUUAAGCUUUAGGGACUAAAAGAGGUCAGACCUUAAACCCCUAUAGGGACAGCCUUCAUUUUACCCCUCUAGGGACCACUUUUUAGCCUCUUUUAGGGACUGUUUUUCUCUCUAAUCCCUAUAGGGACCAUUAUGGAAUUUCUAAGGUUGGCUUCCAGCCAAAUCAGAGACUUUUUAUUUGGGAGCAAGUUUUGAGAACGGGAUAAGUCCUAAAUUUUGAAUAAGAUAUGGAAAAUUGUACUGUUUCACCGAUAACUUUGAUAGUUUUCUUCUGUUUUGAACUUUUCAAUAAGCAUUUGAGGUCAACGAGGGUGCCUCGACCCCUCUACAAUGGAAGAACGUCUACUUCAUGCCGCAGAACGAAACUUCCAAGAUUUCAAACUCAGAUAUCAUAUUCACGGUUAAAAAAGGCCCGCCGAUGGUUCUGCAACUCUCAGAAUUCAGGUAGUCGAAGGGGCGAAACAUGGGGAAAUCCGCGUCGACGACGUCGUGACGUCAUCUUUUAAUUACGCUCAGCUUCUGGCGAGAAGGGUCGUCUACAAACACGACAGCAGCGAGUCUCACGCCGACUCCAUUGGAUUUCAGGUUCUUCUUAGACCAAGCUUUCAAAUUUUUUUUUUGGUAGAUGAUUUCUGCUUUUUGAAGGAUCAACUUGUGAUUUCAGAUCGAAUCCUCAUUGAAAAACAAAGAAUUGGCAGCGAUCGAGUCGAAAACUUUCACAAUCAAGGUUAGAAUUUGUUAGGCUGUCUUUCAAAGGUUCAAAGAUAAGCUAUAAUAUUCGUUUGAGAAGUAGUUAAUUUUUCGUUGAUCAUGAAGAGAAAAAUUUUAAUUCCGAUCCCACCUCGCGCUUCCAAAAGAAUCAAAGACUUCUAAGGUAAAUGUGAGCUCAGGUGAAAAUCAACUCGGUGAACGAUCCUCCGGAGCUGUCAAAAAGAGUCCGUGGCGACUUCCUGCUGGUCGCUUCUCGUGGUAGCCGUGUUCUGACGUCGGAAGAUCUGAUCCUGACCGACUCAGACGAUGGUCCCGAUAAGGUUUGAUAUUGAACUGUUCAGAGAUUUCCGUGAAUCGCAGCUCCGGAAUUUCACUUCUCGCUUUAAAUAAAAAAAAGCACUAGGGAGCUUUUUCAGCUCCUGGUUGAAAUAUUGGGGAAAGAAAUGUCCUUUAAGGCGUGCUGAUUCCAAAUCAAGAAUAAAGUUUCGCGAAUUUUUCCUCGUACUGGAGUUAUAGCCGAUUCACGGCUAGCUUGAGAGGGCGUGGCCUGUCUGUGCUCUCCAUCAACCAUGCACUCUUCUAUUAUCGGGUCAGGACCCUUUUUCGAUGGGUCAAGCAAGCCGUAUGGCGGCUCAAAGAUUGCACGUGAAAUGAAAAGAUCCAGUAAGAAGGAAUUUUCGCGCACACGCCUCCGUUUUCAGUUGGCUGAGUGGCUAGCGUGCUUGCAUUACGGAGGCUGAGACCAGGGUUCGAAUCCUUUGAGGAAAUUCAUUUUUGCCAUUUUUUCUUUUUUUUUUCUCAAAAUUCUUUCCUAAAACAUAAGAGGCUCCCAAUUUUAGUCGUUGAUUUUUCGGCUUCCGCAGGGUAAGCAGCUCCUUUCAUGCGAUGAAAAGUACCAGAAUAUUUAAAAUUUUCGUUUUCAACUUCGCCGCCUCAGGUGCGAGUACAAGUCGUGGAAUCCAAAGGAGUUCACCUGUCUAUGCACGGCGAGAAGAUCACAGAGUUCAGCAAGAGAGAUUUGACCAACGAAAUGGUACCGUGGUCGUCGGAAUUACCUACCCUAUUCCGAUUCUUAGGUGUCUCUGGUAGAUGAGGGGCUUCUCGAGCACGGACAGAUGAAACUGUUGGCCCGUGAUGGCGAGGGCCGUUCUCCUCUGGUGAUCCUAGAAACUCGCUCCUCGAAGGUCGAGGUGAAGCUCGUGAGAAACACCGGCGUCCGUCUGAUCCACCACUCGAGCGUCCUCAUCACAAACAAGUUGGCUCUGAAUUUUUGUCAGAAGUUUGGUGUGCUUUUCAGAAAUCUCUCUUUCGAAGCUUCGAUCCCAGAAGUGCAAGUCUCCUAUCGGAUCGUCGACCUGCCUGACGCCGGAGUUGUAGAACGACACGACGAAGAAGGAGGCUUCCAGAUGUGCAACGCCUUCACACAGACCGACGUAUGCUCUUCUUAACGGCUUCUGUACAUUUGAGAGCUCUUUAAUUUGACACCAAUUUCAAGGCAUAAGUCUAAAAACGGGUUAUUUUUUUAUUUUCAACCUUUAUAGAGGCCGAAAAAUUUCUCUCUAUAGGGGUAAAAUUAAGGUGAUCCCUAUAGUGAUUUAGGGUAUGACGACUUAGCCCCUAAAGCUCAAGGGGACCCUAUAGGGCUCUUUCAAUUUUAUUCAGUUUUUUCCCAUAAAAAUGCUUUUUCGCUUAGAGUUCAUAAAAGUUAUCAACCCCUCUAGGGGCUACUUUUGCAAACUUUAGUGGCCUCUAUAGGUGUUGGUGAAGUGCCACUAAAGUUGCCUCUAUAGUGAUCACUCUUCCUAGGUAAAAAUCAUUGUUAACGCCGUAGGAAAGAACUGCAUAGAGUGCUGAAAAAUUUUUGUCAAUUGAUCAAAUUUUCAUUUUCUUUCGGUUGCAUCCAAAUUCUUAAAGAAGUUCCUGAGAAACAUCUAGUUGACUUUUUUCUUUCAGAUAGAUGAGGAACGGAUUCGUUUCCGACAUACAAGUGUAGCCGCCACCCAUGUCGACAUGUUCAGUUUUCAAGUCUCUUUGCAAAAAAACUUUGAGAGUAGACAUUUUGAGUUUUGAGGUGGAAGCUGGCGAGUUCGCGUCGAUGGUGCACGUCUUCAGGAUCGACUUUGUGCCCAUGAACAUCAAAGUGUUCACACGCGAGCCAUUUGUCCUCAACGCCACGGAAAAUGAGUCCAUUCAAAAAAAGAACCUCUUUUCGUGGACCUUCCCGAAGAGUUUCUCUCCGCAUAACCUCGUCUAUCACAUUGAUGAGCCUCCGAAGCUCGGGACCCUCUCCAGACGAAUCGGUCCUUCGAAACAACGUCGGAUGGGCGUUUCAUCCAACUUCACCCAACACGUAGUCCAAGCAAGAGCAAUGGUUAUACAAUUUCUUUCCAGGAUAUCGAUGAAGGCGUCAUUUCCUACAAGAUCCACUAUCAACAGUUCUCCAUUGUCAACGACUUUUUCCUGUUUCGCGUUGUUUCGCCCUCGGUUUCAUCACCGUUGUUGAGAUUUGAUGUCAGAUUAUCAUUUGUUUUCUUUCUGAGAGCCAUCUUCAGAUAGUUUAUGUGCCCCGCGCCUCUUCCAUCCAACUCAUCAACAAGACCAUCGUCGUCAAGGAGGGCGAGUCAACCCCGGUCAGUUGAAAAAAAAAUCGGUUUAUAGCGGAUUCAAUGAGUUUAUGGCGUUUUUGUUAUUGGAAGAAAGGCGAAACCAAAAAUGAAGGGGGGCAGAGUCAAAGCUUCAGCCGUUCUUAUGUGACGUAAUGGGAAUGUUAAAGGCGCAUGUUUAAUGGGUCAUGAGACGAAUCGGUUUCUCAUCCAAAAAAAAAAAACGCAAUUUUUCUGUUGCCGUGUUCAAAAUGAACCCGUGAAAUUCAAAAUAGCCGCCAGAGAGCGAAAAAUAUAAUUGAAUUUCGGACAUUCCGAGAUAACUUUGAAUUUCACGAAAAUUACUUUGAACACGCCGCAGUGCAUGCACACGACACACUAAACUUCACGAAAAAAAAAAUGGGCGGGACGUCGUAAAAAACGCCGUGGCAUUUUUAAAUUUGUUUUGUGGUUUUCAACUUUUUCAGUACCGUUUGUUGAUCGAAAGUGCGCAAAAAAGGCAAAAUCCUCGAACAUCAUUUAAAAAAAUUCAUUCAUCAAUUGGUCCUCGCUGAAGAUUAUGAAAAUGUCUAUUAUAGGUGACUUCGGACUUUCUCUCGCUGACCACUCCGGACGACGCACAAUUCGUAUUUCGCAUCGUGUCGCCGCCGAUGCACGGCACGCUCAAACUGAAAAGCGCAACGUGGACCUCGGACCUGGGAAAAGAUCUCAACUUCACGACAGAAGACGUGAAGAGCGGACGGCUUCUUUAUGAAAAUGACGGCGGCGAGAGCCGGAACGACGAGUGUCGACUUCUGGCCGUCAGUCGGCAAGACGAGCGGCGGCAGAUGCCCUUCAUGCUGACAGUCUCCGUCAUCUUGCUCAACGACAACGCGCCUCGUCUCUCGCGUGACGUCAUCAUCAAUGUUGGAUCUCUUCCCAUCUUGUAGUCUUUGCUCUCGUUUCGAAAACGGCACAGUACUCGAGUUUCCAUAUUUCUUAAGAGCUCCAGAGUUGCCCCUAUAGGGGCAACCUUAAUUGACCACUAGGAUCACUUGCAAAAGUGGUCCCUAUAAGGGACAUGCUAGUCGAUAAUUGUUAAACCUCUAACCGAAGAAAUAUUUCCAUGGAAAAAAACUGAAUAAAUAAGCGUUAUUUGAAUGAAAUUGAAAGUCCUCUAUAGGGUCCACUUGAGCUUUAGGGGUUGAGAGACCACACUCUAAACCCCUAUAGGGACCACUUUAAUUAUGUCCCCUCUAGGAAGCACUUCACCCACCAACCCCUAUAGGGGUCACUAAAGCUUCCGAAAGUGGUCCUUAUAUGGGUUUUAGUUACUUGUUCUUUCAAAAAUGUUCGUGAAUAUAACGAAAAUUCUGUGCGUAUUCCAGAUAGUGGAGCGAGGAGAGCGGGUUCUGCACGAUUUCUUGCUUCCUUGGAUAGACGACGAUCUGGACUCCUCAGCGCUCCUCUACAACUUUGCCCAUGCCAACAAAGUUCGCAGUUUUUCUCUUUGAAUACAUUCCAUUUUCUUCAUUUGAGGAUGCGGCUAUUUUGUCGACAGUUUCGCCAUACCUACCGAUGACGUCAUUUUCCCAGCACGAGAUCAAUGACGGACGAGUUAUGAUCAGACAUCUGGGGCAUCAUCACAAGUUUGACAUGAAGUUUGUUAUUUUGCACUACCUUUUGAAAAAUGUUAACCUUUUGAAAAAUGAGAUUGAAAUUUGUACUAGACGAAGCUUCUCAAUUUUCACAGCUACCUGCGGAUUUUGUGUUGGGCUUGGGAUGGACAGGAGUUCAGAUACACGGUGAGCGACGGAGUCCACACGGUCGACGCCGUCAUGCACAUCGUCGCCGCAGAACCGAAUGUCUGGGUCGAGGUCUCCGCUUUGCGAGUCCCUUGCAACGCUUCUCGUCCUUUUUCCAUCCGUGAGCGUUUCAAAAUAAAUGAUAGAAAAAACCACAGCGACCAAGAACUUGUCAAACUCAGACAAGUUCUGGGAAGGUGUUGGGAAGGUAGUCGGAAGGUGAUGCUGGAAGGUCUGGAGAAGGCCUUCGAAGGUGUUCAGGAGGUAGUUGUAAGGAACAUGGAAGGUAACAAAUUAAAAAUUUCGGGCAAUUUGCCGGAAGCCUCGCAGGUUUCUGGCAGGCUCCCGGAAGGUAAGUGAAGGCGUUUGACCACUUGCUGGAAACCUUCCAAACGCCUCGAAGGAACCUGAAACAGAUCUUUCCAACGCCUUCCCAGUACCUUCCGAACACCUUCCCAGGAAUUGUCGUAGAAAGAAGUUUCGAAAAACUGAGUAUAUUCGAGCUUUUUCUUCUAGCCUUUUCAACCAUCUGAAAUUGAACCUGAAGAUAAUUUAUGAAGGUUGAGCUUCAGUAACACGAUAGGCUCUUCAUGAUUCAUCUAUUUUUUUUCUGCAGGCCUGUCGCCAGCAAAUCUCUCCGUGACUACCAACAUGGACGUGCAGCUGAGCGACGUCAUCUACAAGCCAGCCUCGUCUCGUUUCUCCGUGGGCACGACGCGGAAACCGACGUCGCGUUUCACUCAGGCUGACAUCGAGAAAGGGCUCGUCUGGUACGGCGGCGAGCACGUCGUCAGCGAGGAGGCCUUGCGUGUGAACGUCGCCGAUCGCAGCCUCGAGGUCUCGAUGGCCGUCGAGUGCGACCGGACCGAGGCGAAGACCGACUGGGACCAGAAUCUGAUGUUGCGCGUGCCCAUUGGUGGCGCAGUACUCAUCGACAACCUCGGCGAUGGUUUCCCCUUCGGAGAAGUUGACGAGGAGAAAGUUGUCUUCGAGGUCACCCGAUACCCUCAACUCGGAUAUCUGGCACUGGACUAUGGUUGGUCCUCUAACCGGAUUAACCUCUAUCUCGACUGCAGAUUCUUCUUCCACGUCUUCACGUGUAGCUCGCUUCUCGAAGAGCGACGUCACCGCUUCACGUGUCCAGUACGUCCAAAACUCGGCAUCGACUGGAAACGACUCGAUGCAAUUCAUCGUCUCCGUCUUACCACGCAACUUCUCUUUCCAUGUCUCUUUUGACAUCGAAAUCUUCGAGAGAAACGUUUGUUUUUGCCUUAAUCGAGAACAAAGCCUUAUUUUUAUCCUUUUACCUUACUCUUUAAGCUUUAAAUACAAAAGUUGUGAAAUACAGCAGACCUUUUUUGAAGGCUGCUUAAGCUUACAAGUUAAAGAUGAGUUUCAACGUUUAUAGAGUUAGAGAUGAAGAUCUAAUGAUUUCAAAUCCGUUACUUGGUCCUGUCACAUAAAAAACAUGAAGUAUCGCAGGUGAAGAUCCUGACUGUAGACUUGGUCGUGUCGUCGAACAGUCGAUCGCCCAUAACUCCUUCUGUUCUGAAUGUCACCACGUCGGAAAAUGAAGAAGCUGUGGUCCACGUCAUCUCCUCUCCUUUGACGGGUCGGAUCGUGGCCGGCAACGGCGAAAAGCCGAACGCCACCUCCCUUGGUACAUUAUUUUGCUUUCCUCGGAAGGUUCCUCGCGGACUCCAGACUCAUUCACGACGAGAGCUCUCGCGGAGAGGAAACUAUGGUAUGUGCCGGACGUCGGCGAUCACAACGACUCUUUCGCGGUCCGGGCCUGCGUCAGCGAGACUGUCUGCAGUGAGACGAGCCUCGUUCGCGUCAUCGUUUCUCGCAAAAACGACGAGGGCGAGUCGUUUCUUAAUUUCAUUCAAUGGCAGUUUGUCUUCAUCAAAAUCAGAAAACGGCAAUUUUUGAGUUCUUUAAUUUUAGAGGCAUAGGGGCAGGAAAAAAUGGAGUUUUAAGUGAAAACAGUACCUUGUAGAGCUACCCUUGCGAAUCGAACGGUGUACUCACAGAUAUGACUACUCCGAGAAAUAUUUAGUCAAAAAAAAAUACCGAAAUAAUAUAGGGAACACACAUCGCUAUCCCCAUCGAUAUCUGUGUAAAAUCAUCAUUUUUCACCAUUUUACAAUCACAAUUUGCAAUUUUUUUAUAAACAGCAAGUUUUCAUAACAAGAACAACUUUGGUGACAACAGAACAAAUUGAAAAAUGAAUGAAACGAAGAAAAAAGCGAAAAUCCGAAAAAAUUGUCUAUAGAGCAACUUUACUGCAAAACGUCGUUGGCGGGAACUCAAACUUUUUUCUCUCCGACUUUGAAUCGUUUUUUCUCCAAAACUAGGAAGUUCUCAAGGUUUCCAAAUACAUCGUUCGUCAGGCAAGGAAGAGCUAUACAAAAUGGAAUAUUUGUCUCCAACCCCAUCUUUUACUGUCCCUACGCCUUUACCAUUUACUUUAGCGCCGCGGUUGGUUCGAAACGAAAUUCUGAGGACUCACAGCGAGAAAGCUCUCAUUACAAGCAGCCAUCUCAACGUGGAGGUAACAGCGGUUGGCGGCUCCAUGAGGGAAAUAUCUUCGUCUUUCAGGACGCCGACACUUCUUCUAAUUCGCUGAUUUAUGUGAUCUCAAAACCUUCCAAUGGUCGAGUUGUCAGGGUUGACGAAAUCGAAACCCCCAUUUCAAACUUCACUCAAUUCGACAUCGACCAAUCUUUGAUCGCCUUCCUUGUUAACAAUGGUGAACUGCCACGAGUGUUCUGGAAGUUUUUAUUCGUUUCUCAGAUUCCGUCACGGCCGGCGGCUUCUCUUUUGUCGUAUCUGAUGGGGCACACAAUGUUGGUUUUUUUUCAUCAUGGUUCAGAAAAACUUUAUUAAAGUAUGAUGAAGACGCGCUUGAAGCAGUUUUCAUAGUGCGAGAAAAAAGCCUUAGGAACUUCAGAGUGGUCCCUACACGGGCACCUUAACGGCCCUUGGGAGUCCCCUCUAGGACCACUUUACAGACCCCUAUAGUGCCACUAAAGCUUGCAAAAGGGAUCCUUAUAGGGUUUUUCAGUUUAUGGCCCCUAUAGAGGACAUGCUAGUCGAUAAAAAUUUGCAAAGUUCAGAUUGGGCCUGAAUGGUUUUCUACGGAGAAGUCGUCAAUUUCGCAGGUUCUGGAAACAAAUGGACGGUUGAUAGCGACGCCCGAGGGCGGCUCUAUCAUCGGAGCAGAGAUCCUCCGAGCCAACCUUCCCAAUGUCCGUUUUUGAGUUUGUUUUGACAUGAACGGCAAGUGAAGAUGGAAUGAGUUCAAGCGAGGUAAAGAUAGAAAUUUGCAAUGUCUGUUCGCCGCGACUUGACCGUUUUCGCGUGUCUGUGUCCUCUGUUCCCUCACCGGCGAUGUCAGAGAAUCAUUAAAAUAGCGCGUCAUCAAGAGAGGGUCGCCGAGAGACGAGGAGGGCGCAGAGAAGUCCCGCCCUUUCAAGUCACGAAAAACGGACUAUAACUAUUAGCUUUCUUGGACCCUAAAAAUGACGUCUUUAGUGAAAAAGCUAGGAUUGAGCUUAACUUUGAGUUGAGUUAACAACUUUGUAUACAGUACGAGAAGGAGAGCUGAAUCGGGAAUUUUUGGAAUUUGUAAGACUAGAAUACUUGCUGAUUGUUAAAAUAAUGAAAGCUUUGAUUAAUUCGAUGAAUUUAUCACUAAAAAAAAGAGGACUUGGAAGGAACUUACCUGCAUGAAAGGGUUGACCUUUUUUGUAAAUUUUUUGAUGGCUGUAGAAAAAAUUUUUUUUGUUAAGGAGAAGUCUGAAUUUCAUUCUUGCAGACUCGACCUGACGAGAUUCUGUUUGUCGUGAGCAAGCCACCUCGUUUUGGACAUCUCGAAGUCGACGGCAAACCGGCCAACGCCUUCUCCCAAACCCAGGUACUCCGUCAAGAAGAACCCGAUCAGAAAGGCCUGCAGAUCAACCGCCGCCUGGUCGUUUAUACGACGAUCGGGUUUCCGAUGGACGAGUGGAGCCGCCGCGAUUCUUUCUCCUUCCGAGUCUUCCGCAACACUUCCUCCUAUCUCAUGCAACACGAUGAGAAGUGCGGCUCAUUCUUGUUUUCAUAUUGAAGAUUUUCUCAGAUUCCGGAUAACUACCACAUAUGCGGCCCUGAGCGAUGCUGUCAUGCCCAAAUUCAUCCUCACUCGUCCUUUGAUUGUCUCGAAAGGUCAGCUUUUCUUUCCUUUUUUGGCCAAUUUUUCAUUAUAAUAAGGAAAGAAAAAUCACGUUCUUCCCCUCAAAAAAACUGCCAGAAGCCAUGAUCAUAGAACUGUCAAGUAUAGCUGAUUCACGACUGGCUUGAGCCAUUGAAAAAAGGUCCUGACACGGUAAUAAAAGAGAUAGUGUUUGGUUGGUGGAGAGCGCAGGCACGCCAGCGUCCCAAGUCAGCCGUGAAUCGACUAUAUAGGGAUUCUCCUAAGGAUUCAUCAAGAUUUUCAGAGUUUCCAAAAAAAAGAUAUCACAACUGUCAAGUAUAGCUAGGGACCGCAAAGCCACGCCCCUUUUCGCGAUAGAAAAAGUGGCUUUUUUUUGGUGUUCAACUUUCAUUUUGCUGUAGUUGCAAAAUAUGUGGAACUGGAUAAUAAAUUUUGGCACACAUGUACAAAAAAGCUUCCUCUUUCGUUUGAAAAAUGUUUCACGCUUUUUUGAUGCGUUCGCGCGGAAUGUCGUACAAAAACGUGAAUGAAACUAAAAAAUUUUGUCGUUUUUUGCUUUUUCAUGUGUUUUUAGGUCGAACGCACUCUUUCUUUUUUUAAAUAAUGAUUUUGAUUCAAGUAACGGUAAUUUUAAAACAAUAAAAUAAAAAAUUCGUCUUUGCCAAAAAUUUACGGGGCCGUUUUAAUGCAGCGAUCGUUAAACGAGGCAAAAAGCACUAAAAAAACAGUUUUUUCGAAGUGAAUUUCCACGAAAAGUUUGAGUAAAGAUUUGCGAACAUAUUCUGAUAAAAAUAGCUUCAUUACUUCAAGUUUUUCUUUUUGAAAUAGGCAAUCUGUGCUAUUCAAACGGCUCAAGGGUAUGGCGGAUGGAAACUCCCCUCGCUAGACCUAACAGCUUGGCGCAGUGCGUGCGCUGCGAAUUUUCUUUUUGAGGUCGCGAGUUCGAUGCCCGCAAGCGCCUUUCUGGAAAAUACCGACUUUUUCGGCAAACUAGCAAAUUUUUAUCAUUUUAGCACUCUAUUAUGAUUUGUCACAUCAUAAUAGACCAGUAUCAAAACUUGUUCUGGAAGAAAAAUCGAGAAAAAUGUCAAAAAUAGAUAAUACCAAAAUUUCAGUACUAAAAAAAUGGUGCGCGGCGCGCCACAUUUUUCGUCAUAACUUUUUUCAUCCUCAAUCUUUUUCGAAAAACUAAACGGUUUUGAGUUUUGAAUCGAAACAGCUAUCAAACCAUACAAAGCUCAAUGCUGAAAAAAUUUUUUUGAAAAUUCGUCUGCGGUCCCUAAAUAUAGCUGAUUCACGACUGGCUUGAGCCAUCGAACAAAGGGUCCUGACACGAUAAUAAAAGAGAUAGUGCAUGGUUGGUGGAGAGUGCAGACAGCGUCCCAAGCUAUCCGUGAAUCGGCUAUUCAAUGACUUUCCUAGUAAGAAAUUAAGCCUGUUCACUUAGUUCUUUCAGGUGGAUCUACUGCAUUCAACCAGUCGCACUUGGACGCUUCAGCGUUAUCUGCGGUAGUAGAAAAAGAAGUAUACUUGAGACUAUUUGAAAGCUCUCAACAAGAUGCAUUCAGGUGGUAAUGGUGGAAAUCGGGACGGAACCUCGGAUGGGCGUGGCUAGCUGGCUGGACAAUCAGAAGCGACGCGUCUCUUGGACCGAGCUGCGGAGCGCCUUCUUCCUCCUCUACAAGCAUCGCGGCGACGACCUCCGCGACGAUUCAUUGGUUUUCCACGUGUACGCCGCUCGCGAGUCCACGAGAAGAAGCAGUCGCUUGCGCGUCGUCGUUCCCAUCUUUGUUCGACCGCCGCACGACAACUUUCUCCAGGUGAAUUCCUUUUUCCACUUGAUAGACGCGAUAGACGUGUGACGUGUGCAAGUGUGUUUCGUUGCGUACGCGAUGCGGAAGUUCGAAACCAACUUUCAUCUUUCACUUUGAACGUCGUUGCUCUCAGAUUGUCACGUUCCCGACCUCGUUAAGUGUCCUGAACUCGGGCUCGACGCCGUUGCUGGCUGACGUCCUGAUGACUCGUCAUCGGACGGUGCCUCCGCAGUCGAUCGUCUACCAUGUCGCCCAGCGUGGUUGCAACGGCGUCUCUAUCAGAAUCGACGACAAGGAAGUCCGACAAUUCACACAGCACCAGGUUCCACCCAGCCUUCACCUUCUUCUUUGAUAUUUCGAACUGAGCAGGUGAACGAGGGCGAAGUCGCUCUGUCGCACGCCGUCUCUCAUUUUGCGGCCAGCUCUUUCGACUUGCUCGUCUUCGACAUCGAAGGUCACACUCGAUCGCUUGUCGUCAAGAUUCGCCCUCUCGAUUUGGCUUUGGAAAACCACACGUCGAUUUUCUACCCUCAAGGGAAGACCUACGUCGUCGUUAACAGGUAAUCGCAUUUAAAAAUAGUUGAAAAAAAUUCUUCAGAACUCACCUGGGCGCUUUUUCGAAUGGAGAUAGGAAGAAUAUCAAAUACAAGGUAAAGUGUGUUCAAUAUGGUUGCAAGUCUAUUCACGGCUGGCUUGAGCUAUCAAGAAGGGUCCUGACACGAUAAUAAACGAGAUAGUGUUUGGUUGGUGGAGAGCGCAGACAAGCCACGCCCCCUUAGCGUUUCAAGCUAGCCGUAAAUCGACUAUAUCUAGUCACUUAACGGCCGCGUAACGGAGAAAAAAUACAGACUAGUAAAAAUUGGAAAUUUAACAAUGUUUAAAGUCUGAGACUAUAUGAAUGUACAUCUAAACACCGUAAUUCUUUUUUGAUUAUUUUUCGAUACUCAAUUCUGUGUUUUUAAUCAAUAUGAAGGGUGAGAAAGUAAAUAUGAAGAGGACAUUAUUAUGACAAGGUUUUCAGGAUUUCUGAAAUUUCUUAGAGGAAAAGUUCAACGACUUUUUUUGAGUAGUAAGAAACUGAUAAAUGACGUUCAGAUCACGUCCGGCCCUGAAAAUGGAACUUUCUACUGGGUUGCCGGCGAGAAAGAAGCCAAAGAGUUUACCCAAGACGACAUCGACGAAGGCCGCAUCUUAUAUGCUCAGCUCAACAUGCACUCCUACCAAGUCUGUUUUUCAAUCUUUUGAUCUUCUUCACUCAUCAAUCUUAGUUCUCUAUAAGUUUUCAAAGACUUUUUGCUCAGGCAUCAAAAUUCCCGCGGGAAAAAAUCGGCAUCGUGAGGAAUAAAAAGAAAAAAUAGUUACGAUGGAACUCGAGAGUGAUAAUAUGAUUAUAUAUGCUUCAAAUGUUUUUCUAAAUAAGCGAACCUUGAUAGUCAAGAAUCCAUUGCAAAGGUUCCAGGACAGCUUCGAGUUCCAAGUGGGCAACACCGAGGGCGACAUUCUUCGGAACAGCUCGCGUCUCCGCGUGGCGCCACUCGUCGAAGUCCAACCUGUCAUCGUGGAAUCCAACACGGCGACACCCCUCACCUGUAGCCAAAUAAACGCUUCUCAGCUCCAGGUGAUCAUUCUGAGAAAAAGGCUCGCUGAAAAUUCCGUCUGGAAAUUUAAACCAUCGUGGAUUGUUUUUCAGCAACAUGAAUUUGACCUAACACAAAAUAGAAAUCCUAAAAAUUGUGUUUUACAACAUAUUCGAUUAAGAGAAAAAGUUAACGAAACGCCCUUUUUUUUUCCAACCCAGCCUAAACCCAAAUGGCGCAGAACAAGUCUGUGCCUAACUCAGAAAACAGCUUGAAUUAUUCAGAAAAUGAUGAAAGCGCUAUAUGGAUCUUUUUUUGGUUCUUCAUGAGUUCUAAGAGGCUUGGGAACACUAGAGUGGUCUCUAUAGGAGUUAGGGGGAAAACAACCCGUAUAGGGACCGAAAAGUGCUCCCUACAGGGGUAAAAUUAAGGGGGGGAGGGGUUUAGCCUAAACUUGAGGGUCUUCGCUCUUAAAGCUCAAGGGGACCCUCAAGGGGUCUUUGAAGUUCGUUCGAAAAACGCUUAGUUAUUAAGUUUUUCCCAUAGAAAUGCUACUUCACUUAGAGCUCAUAAGAAUUAUCUACUAGAAUGUCCCCUAUAGAGGCCACUUGUGUAAUUUUCAGUGGACCUUAUAGGGGUUGGUAAAUUGCUGCCUAGAGACGACCCUCCAAGGACCCUAAGGUUGCCCUUAUAGGGACCACUGUGGAAUGUCUAAGUAUAGACUAAAAACAAAACAGAGAAACUAGCAAAGUCCGAACCGCAAUUUUUAAGGAUUCUUCCCCUCGUUUUUUCUUGACGUCGCAGUUGAACUACGGAAGACUGACCUUCGACCCGAGCGCCAAUUUUUCCGCUUAUUACUUCACCUACGCAGACAUCCGAAAAGGCAUAGUCUACUAUCAAGCGGCCAAGACGGAGCAAGAGGUUCGAGGUGCUCUUUCAGCAUCCAAAACUUCCUCAGGCUCAUGAACACAUCGAGCUGGAGGUGCGAGCAGACAACGUGCAGCCGGCUAGGUUCACCAUUUUCAUCACGGUUCUUCCUGCCGAUGACGAUCCUCUCGACUUGCUUCCUGCAGCGACGAUUCCCACCCCGCCCAUGGACAACAAAAUGACGGCAAUCAGAGAGAACUUGCCGGUGAGAGAUGGCUCUUGUCAGUUACGAAUUAAUCUUUACAGGUAAUAAUUCUCGUGGCCAUCCUGGUCACAACGCUCUGUUUGCUCGUUUGUCGGAGCCGGAAAGAGAAGAAGCCAUCAGCUGCCGCAGAAACCCCGCCACGGCUCCUGCCACCGUCGCCUCGAACCUCUGCGGAACGACAAGAAGAGAAACAGGACCUGCUGGGAACGACGGUGUUCGCUUCGGUGCGGCAGGCCGAAGACAGGGUUGCCAUGCAAUCCUUCCAAAAACUGCCGCUGACUAGGACUACGACUGCGAAACCGCAAACGCCAGUCACAAGCCGCCGACCGGUGACGUCAAGCCUUGACUACGCCGGUCUCGGCAACUCGGCUCCGCCUCCGAUGCGGUUAUUCGACCAAGUGGCUAAAACUCAGCCCACUAACCAUUAUUGGGUCUGA